AUGUCACGUCUCUCAUCGAAGGAGCUUCAGAAGCUUAGGGAGAAGUUGAAAGAUGGCAGUAAAAAAGAUGUUAUUGAAAGGUUGACAGAUUUGCAAGGCGACGGUCUUGGUCAAUAUGCUUGGAACGGGAAGCAAACUCAAGAUGGUAAACCUCUCAGUGGCCUUGGGAAAAUUCAUGGUGACCUUCAAGGUCAGAAUACUGAAUUGGGCAAGCAAAACAAAAUUAUUGGAGAUGCCAUCGGCAUUCUUAAGUGGGAGAUAAACCAUCUGCUUGGCAGCAUGGGAAUGAAGUUGAAUGAUGAUCUAGCAAAUGAUGACAUUGUCGACCAGUUGGGAUGGUUGGGGAAAAUGAUUGGUAAAAGUCAAAAUGGAUAUAAGAGCAGUCUACAACGCAUUCAUUAUGAAAUAGAUUGGCUGCGCCAAAGUUAUUUUACAUACAAACCCACAACCAUCGAUGUCGCCAAGCAACAAAUUGUAAAUGAACUUGGAAACCUCCGAACUGAGUUGCAAGGCACCAAGGACAGUGAUGUCAUUGAGACAUUGAACGAUUUGAAGAACACUGGGCUAAGUGGAAACAAGUGGGAUAAAAAUGAGCAUGGAAAUAAUAAAAGCCUCAAAAGCAUCGAAGAUGCCCUUAACACUCAACAAACUACGUUGACCACUCAACCUUAA